UCCAAUAUCCAGUGACCAGUAUCCAGUUAUCCAUAAAUGAAUAGGUUUUUAAUAAAAUAUUUUACAUUUUUAUUUCUUACUUGUAAUUUAUAAUUAUAAAUUGACAUAAUUCCAUUUUUAGCGAACACUAAUAUUUGUUUAUUUAACUUCUUUCUUGUUUAUAGAAGACUAAAAUAUUUUAAUAUUAGUUUGCAUUAUAACAAAAACACCACGAUAAAUAUUUUGUAAUAAUUUUGGCUGAAUAAAUAUAUGAAAUAGAAUUAAACAUUGAGCUAUAAUAUCAACAACAAAUAUAUGCAAUAGUAAAACUACAGUUAUAUUCAAUAGAAACAUCAACCAUGGAUGAAUUGUGUGAUAAAAUGGCAGUCAUAAAUGUUGCUCCUCAGAAUCUUGUAACAAAUUAUGAACAACUAGAACUAUUAUCAGAAUCAGAACCUGAAAAAUUAUUUGCAUUUCUAAUUAAUAACAAUAAUUUCAAAUAUAUGUUGAAUAAAUGUGUAGAUAUUACAGUACUCAUACAUUUGAUGAAUAUAUUUUCAAAAGUAAAAUUAUUGCAAUUAACUCAAAUAAAAUCUACUGCUUUAGAUAUGAUAUAUAAUUCAAAAUAUUUAGAACACUUAAAUAACUCUCUUAUCGAUGUUGUUAAACUUGAAGAUUUAAUUAGUGAGAUUAAAUUACAAGAAUUCUUCAUUAACUGUAAAAGUAUAUUAGAAAUUAUUGCAAAUCCAAAAUCUAAAGAACUCUUGAAUGAAAUAAUACAAUUUAUACAACCCAUAUUAAUUGAAUCAAGUUCAACGGAUAUUAAAGAAUUAGUUUUGAUUAAUGAUGACUCGGAGUCUGAAAAAAUUGUCAAAAAUGCUGUGCAUUAUGAUAUUAAAAGAUGGCCACAAUGUUAUAAGUCCCUUUCUAUUUAUCCUGUAAUCACAGAUAUUACUGCAAAAAAAGUAAUUUUGAGUCCAAAUAUAAUGGAAGGAAGUUAUGAUAAUAUUGAACAUUACAUUGACGUACAAUUUCGUUUGCUUCGUGAAGAUAUCUUAGCUCCAAUGCGAGAAGGUAUUCAGUCUUAUAAAAUAAUGAGUAAACUUAACCAAAAAUGUGUUAUAAAGAUGCCUAAUAUGCGUAUUUAUUUUGAGGCAAAGAUUACAAAAAAGUACACAGAAAAAGAAACCUUUUUAGUACAUUUUUUCACCAAAGAAGAUUGCUCAAUUAAUUCAAAAAGAUUUAUGUUUGAAUCACUGUUGGUAUUUAGUGAUGAUAAUUUUAAUUCAAUGUUUUUUGCAACAGUUAUUAAAAUGAAUCAGCAAAUAUCAUUACCAAUAAAAACAUUAGUAAUUCAACCUUUGGGUAAUAAACCAUCAAUUAAAUUGAAUUCACCUUAUACUAUGGCUGAAUCUGAUGCGUAUUUUUUACCCUACAUGUAUAGUAUGGAAGUUUUGAAAACAUUUGACCAUUAUAACUUUCCUAUGAAAUCGUAUAUUGUGUAUGGAAAAACGAAAUCUAAAGUUCCAGCAUACUUAAAAUACAGUUCAAAAAUAUACAAUAUUAAUGGUUCACAGUUUGAUAUUUUAAAUGAUAAACUUUGGCCAGAUAACAAGGUUCUAGGACUCGAUUGUGCUCAAAGAAUGGCAUUUAAAGCGGCAUUAACUGAAGAAUUUACUGUAAUUCAAGGACCUCCUGGUACUGGAAAAACAUAUAUUGGUCUUAGAAUAGCCAGAAGUAUUAUAGAGAAUAUGUAUGAAACAAAUAUACUUAAAAAACCAAUUGUAGUUGUUUGUUAUACAAAUCAUGCUUUGGAUCAAUUUCUUGAAGGUUUAAUUAAUAUCACUAAAAAAAUUACAAGAAUUGGUGGUGGAUGUAAAUCAGUUGUUUUAAAAUCCCAUGUAUUAGGAAAUAUUAAUAGUCCUUCAGCAAAAUUAAAUUUGAGUAAUUCAUAUGUAGUUGGACUUACUACUACUGGAGCUGCAAUGAGACAUUCUCUGUUAUUGGAACUAGGACCCCCUAUAGUUAUUGUGGAAGAAGCUGCUGAAAUCUUAGAGUCACACGUAGUUGCAUCCUUAACUGAAUCUUGUCAACAUUUAAUUUUAAUUGGUGAUCAUCAACAAUUACGUCCAAGAAAUGCAUCCUAUACACUUGCAAAACGGUUUAAUUUUGAUGUUUCGUUAUUUGAACGUAUGGUAAAAAAUGGAUUUCCCUGUUAUACCUUAGCCACACAACAUCGAAUGCGGCCUGAAAUAUCCUCUUUAAUGAAACCUAUUUAUCCUUUCUUAAUGGAUCAUAAAUCAGUUAAACACAGAAGUGAUAUUGGAGGUGUUACUAAGAAUAUAUAUUUUAUUCACCACACAGUAAAUGAAGAGAAAGAUAUUGGUUCUAAUAGCCACAAAAAUAUUCAUGAAGUAAAAUUUUUUAUGGAAUUUGCCAGAUAUCUUACAAGUCAAGGCUAUAGUCAAAAUCAAAUUACCAUACUAGUAACCUAUCGAGAUCAAUUAUUAGAAUUUCAAAAGAUUCAAGAAACUAGUUCUUUCUUAGAAGAUUUUAGAAUUGAAUGUGUGGAUGGCUACCAAGGCGAAGAAAAUGAUAUUGUUCUGUUGUCUUUAGUACGCAGUAACAUUGAUAAUAAAAUUGGGUUUUUACACAUUCAAAAUCGCAUUUGUGUUGCCUUAUCUAGAGCUAGAGACGGAUUAUACAUCAUGGGCAAUAUGGAUAAUCUUAUACAUUCAUCCAUAUGGAAAAAAAUCAGCCAGAAACUAGUUGAUCAGCGAGCUCUUGGCAAUAAAUUAACUUUACAUUGUCAAAUUCAUAAGGAUUGGAUUAACACUGUCUCCAAUAGUAGUGAUUUUGCUAAUGUUCGGUGUUCGAAACUAUGCAACAUUAAAAUGGAUUGCGGUCAUCAAUGUCCAUAUUCUUGUCAUUAUUGUGAUCAAUCUCAUAAAAACUUAUAUUGUUGUAAAAAGGAUUUUACUAAAAUAUUACCUUGUGGCUUUAAAAUCAAAAUACAAUGCUGGAUGAGAUUUUUGACUUUUGAAUGUCCUCUAUAAGGUACCUAUCUACAUAAUGAAAAACUAAAAGGCCUAUAUUAUAUUGUACCAAUUUUGUUUAAAUAGUAUACAAUUCAUAGACGUAUCACCGACAUAUUAAAGAUUAUAUAUUGAAACUGUUUCCUUACCCUGGGAAAUCCAUUGUUAAUUUAUGAAAUGAAAAUCAUCUAAUAGCAAUUAUAUCCAAUUAUUUAUAAUUUGAUUGUAAAACUAUACAAAACUAUACAUGUAUUUUUUUAAUUAAACUAUUUGAUA